AUGGAUGACUGGGAGUCAACUACAAAGAUUGGAAAGAAUGUUCGUGGAGGAGCUGGCGCAAACAGAGAGACUGUCAUUAGAGGAGCUGCUGCAUUGAACGCUGCUAAGAGAAGUGGAGGAGCCAUUACCACCGAGAAGAAAUUUGCUUCCGGUAAUGCUGGUUCUUCAGGAGAAGGUCAACAUCUCACCAAAGUCGACCGCUCCGAUGAAAUCAUUAAGCCAAAGACCGUCGGUAUGGAAGUAGCCCGAGCCAUUCAAGAUGGUCGCAAGGCCAAAAACAUCAAAACCCAAGCCGACCUCGCCAAACUAUGCAACACUACGCCAAAGAUUGUCAACGACAUGGAAAGGGGUGUCGCCACUCCUGAUCAGAAAGUUUUGAACAAUAUGGAACGUGUUUUGGGUAUUAAGUUACGUGGAAAUGAUAUUGGAGGUUCGAAGUUUGGAGGACCAAAGAAGAAUGCUACACCUGCCCCUGCAGCAAAGGCAGCACCCGUUAAGACUACAAUCAAAAUUGUUCCUCCUACGGCUGGGCCACCAAGCGCGAAGAGUGGAACUCCUGUUUCUGGUACUCCCAAGACUGGUACUCCUAAGACUGGGACUCCAGGUGGAGUGGACGAUGAUGAGUAA